UUAAAGUCUCGUUUGUCGCUUAAGCUUUAAUUGCUGCCGAGCUCUUGGCUGCGGAUAAGAGUGUGCGGUUUCUUGGCGGAAUUUCAUAGAGUGUGGCAUAGGAAAUACCACUUAAAUGUAAAUUUACAGGUUUCAAUCAAUCAAAGUUCGAAUUUUGGAGGGAGCGAAAGUGAUGUGAAUUUGUGAUAGAUACGGAAUCCAGUGACAAAGGACAUUACGUACCUAUUGGAUUUUGGGAAUUAGGGAGAGGUUUUCAAUUGACGGUUUUGCUCGUGAGUUAAUUGACUGUGAUCACAUUCACACUGUUGCCGAUAUGUUUGUCUUCUCACACCCUCAAUUUGGACGAAGAGCUCGACGAGCGAGAAUUGGAUGGAAGUGCGAUGAAACCAUAAAUGAUACUCCACAGAGUUUAAUAUACCAGUGAAAAGUGCAAAAAAGCUGCUGCUUGUUAAACUGUUAUGGGUGGAGCGGGUGAGGUUGAUGGCGUGGGGCUUGGGAAAUUAAUUAAGCUUGAAUAAGUGCAAGGGUUCCUGACACAGCGAUAACUCAUCGACGGGUGCGCGAUGUUUGCCAGUUGCUGUGGCUGUGGCAAUCGCAAGGCCAGGUCAAAGGCACUGUCUACGGAUGAGGAGGACUCAUCUGGCUCUGAGGAGGUGAAGAAGGCAAAUGGCGAGGAGAAUAAUGGAAAAAUAAGCUCAUUGGAUGUGCCAUGUGAGUCGCAACAAUUGAGUAAGGAUCCACAGGAUGGAAAUUUAUUGAAUGACGAGACGGAGAAAAGUGCCAAAGGAUGCGAAGUUGACGAGGAAGGCAAUGCGGACAAGGAUGUGGGUGAGGUCGUGACAGAGGAAUCGCCAGUGGCGCUGGAGCAGGUCGCCGAAGAGGCGGACAAGGAGGACGAAGAGGGAAAAAGGGAGGAGGAGGAGGAGAAGGAUGACAGAGAUGAGAAGAUUGAUGAGAGUUCAGACUCGGAGAGCGCCUCGCAGAGACAAAGGCAUCGCAGUGAUGCCAGCAAUGUCACUGUGGAGGAAUCAAUUGUGAUAAGAUCGACAACCAGGAGCAGUUCUACGGAGGAUCAUGAGGAGUCCUCGACGUCCACAACGGUGACAAACAAGGAAAUGAAUCUGCACUGUCGAGGCAAUGGUCACGGAAGUGACACGGGCGAGGAGAUGUCCAGAAGCUGCCUAUCUCGGCGCAGCUCCUCGAAGUCGUCCAUCAAGAAGCGAGUGAACUACAACGCCAGCACGGAAUUCAUUCCGCCAUCUGAUCUCACGUCCAUUAACGAUGAUGACGAGGUGUUCUCAGAUUCCGUGCCCCCGCAACUGCCGAGGGGCGAUAUGUGUGCGCCCUACAUGAAGAAGAGGGGCUCAAUGCCGGGCCUCGUGGCGCUGCCGGAUUGGUUCAACACUGACUAUAGGGAGGAGGGCGGCGUUCAAGAGCCACCUGUUACGCCAAUUGGUCGCGACGAAUUGGCUCUGAAGAGGCACCGGUUCUUCUCUGAACUCCUCACGGCCGCCCAGGCGGCAGUUGAGCAUCGGGUCCGCUUCGAUCCGCUCGGACCGGACGUGGCGGACGACCUGGACGACGAGGAGGAUUGCGAUCCGAACGUGAAACCAUCCACAGCGGCUGAACUAGAGGCUCUGAUUGUGCGCCUGGAGAGAAUUGUCGACCGUCUAGAGAGAUCAGUGUCGGCUAAGGAGUUGGCCAUUGUCAAUCAGACGCUAGACGCUGUUAGAGGAAAGGCAGAAAGCGAGGAUAACAUCGAGAGGGCUGAUUGCUAUCUGAGCAAGGAAGAAUCUCUGGACUUUGAACUUCCGCCGCCACCCACUCCGCCCCCAACAGCCACAGUCGCACACAAUUUCGACACCCUCUCGGCGGAUCUUGAACAGAGGAUCAACAGUCUUGAGAGUGCUGUGGUGAGAAACGGCCAUCAGGCGGAGGAAGAGAGAGAAGCGGACGUAAUUCCGACUGUUGUGCAGCUAAUUUCGAAGGAGGCGUCAAAGGAGGCGGUUAGCAUGAGUGUUCAGGGAUAUGAGGACAUCGUGGCGGGCAAUGUGGCCCAAUAUGUGAAGCUGUCGCAGAAGAUUGGCGGCGAUGUGGCUGCCCAGGCGGAGCUCGUGAAGCAGGCAUUCGACGCUCAAUUGAAGUACGUGACAUUGGCCACGCAAUCGUCUCAGCCGCCGCAGGAUCGGCAAAUGCAGCUCCUGCAGCCCACGUCUGAGCGUAUUGCAGCCAUCCAGGACUUCCGCGAGAAGCAUAGGACGUCGUCCUUCUUCAACCACUUGUCCGCCAUCAGCGAGAGCAUCCCGGCGCUGGGCUGGGUGUGCGUGGCGCCCACGCCGGGGCCGCACGUGAAGGAGAUGAACGAUGCCGGGCAAUUCUACACGAAUCGUGUGCUGAAGGAGUGGCGUGAGAAGGACGCCACUCACGUGGAGUGGACGCGAGCCUGGAUCCAGACGCUCGCGGAUCUGCAGCAGUAUAUUAAACAGCACCACACCACUGGCUUGGUGUGGUCGGGCAAGGGUCCCGUGCCGAGCGGCGGAUGCCCGCCUCCGCCACCGCCCGGCAUGCCGCCACCGCCGCCAGUGAUUCCGCUGGACGAGCUGAGCCUGUCCGGGGCCGGAGACGAUCGCAGCGCGCUGUUUGCUGAGAUCAAUCGUGGCGAGGACAUCACGAAGAAUUUGAAGAAAGUGAGUGCUGAUAUGCAGACGCACAAGAAUCCGGGCCUGAGAUCGGGUCCGGCACCAUUUAAGGCACCCAAGAGCGUCACGGCGCCCGCUGGAGCCCCAAAAGCGGCCACGGAUGCGUUUAACAAACCGCCAGUGUUUUCGCGUGACGGCAAAAAGUGGAUUAUUGAGUACCAGAAGUCCAAUCCUGGUCUCUUGAUUGAGAAUGCCGAGAUGAACAACGUGGCCUACAUGUUCCGGUGCCAAGACUCCACGUUGACUGUGAAGGGGAAGAUCAAUAGCGUUGUGAUUGACUCGUGCAAGAAGUGCUCGAUCCUCUUCGACUCGCUCGUGUCAUCCGUGGAGUUUGUCAACUGCCAGAGCGUCCAGAUGCAGGUGCUGGGCAAAGUGCCCACGAUCUCCAUCGAUAAGACGGACGGCUGCCAAAUGUAUCUCUCCAACGAGUCGCUCGGCGUGGAGAUCAUCUCGUCCAAGUCGUCCGAGAUGAAUGUGCUGAUUCCCAAAGGGAAUGGCGACUACACGGAGCAACCGAUUCCGGAGCAGUUCAAGACGACUGUGAAAGGAAACUCCCUGAACACGGUGUGCGUGGAGAGUUUGGGCUAGAUCCUUGCCACAACGCAUCUUUUUCUACCAGUUUUACUCCUUUUUAGCACGUGAAGUUUUAGCGAUAAAACACAACUUUUAUCCAUUCUCCCUAUCCAUCAAUUUUUCUACACUGACACGAUUUUAUGAGAAAAAGAAAACUAGCAAAGGUCACAAUUUAUCUGCGAAAUAUUGAUUUUCUCAGUAAUUUUUCUUAUCCUUUUCUUACAAGCUCACUCACUAAGAAUAACAUUGAGUUGGUGGGUGAAAUUGUAAUUUAAGUAAUGCGACAGAGAGAGAUGGAUAAAACAUUUAUCGACUAGUAGAUAGUUUAAAGUGCAUUUUUUAAGUACUGCAACUAACAGUUUACAGUAUUUUUACUUUGGUUUGUCCUCUUUUUUCUUUUUCCAUUUGAGUUUGCCACUCAUUAUAAAACUUAUCAAAUAGCAAACAAGUAUGUAUUUAUCCUU